AUGCUCGGACGCAUUCCUUCCGGAUCCCUGCUACCCCCUACGAUACGCCAGCUUCUCGGCGGCACAACGAGCAAUGCGCGCGUGCAGGUGAACGGCUGGAUCAAGUCGGUGCGGCGCCAGAAGAACAUCACGUUCGCCGUCAUCUCGGACGGCAGCUCAGCAAAGGGCAUCCAAGCGGUCAUCCAGAAUGGUUCUCUGGCGAAAGCGUUGACGAACGGCGCGAGCGUGAGGCUGGGAGGUACUCUUGCGGACAGUCCCGGAAAGGGUCAGGACAAGGAGUUGCGUGUCGAGGAUGUCGAGGUAGUGGGCGAAUGUGAUCCUGCGGCAUACCCAAUCCAAAAGCAAGCCCUGUCUACCGAGUAUCUACGGGACAACUGCCAUCUCCGAGCGCGAACGAACACAAUCGCCGAGAUGCUCAGGCUCCGCGCCACGACCUCCGAUGUGCUCCAGCACUUCUUCAACUCAUUAGGCUUCUGCUACGUGCACACGCCGAUCACCACCUCCAGCGACUGCGAGGGUGCCGGAGAAACCUUCCGCAUUACCCCUCCCGCCCCCUCCGAGCCAGCCACGGAAGAUAACAGGCCUUCAGAAUUUUUCGGACACCCCGCGUACCUCACCGUCUCGUCUCAGCUUCAUCUCGAGGCACUCGCGACGGCCCUGUCGAGGGUGUACACACUCUCACCGUGUUUCCGCGCAGAACGCUCACUGACGAACCGGCAUCUCUCGGAGUUCUGGAUGCUCGAGGCGGAGUGGGCGUUUACCCAGUCCGUGAACGACGUCUGCAGCGUCGUCGAAGGCGCCGUGAAAGACGUCCUUGACAAGACGCAGUCCCAUGCACAAGCGUUCGCGAACGACGCCGGUCGCUCGCGGAUUCUGGAGUACCUCCAAACAGCAAGCUCCACCCCGGUCUGGACGAGGCUGAGCUAUAGCGACGCGGUCACGGAGCUGGCGAAAUAUCAAGCGUCGGCGCGGAGGUUCCAGUUCGAGCCAGCGUGGGGCAAGCCGCUGCAGAGCGAGCACGAGCGGUGGCUCGCGGAGGAGCUCGUCAAGGGCCCGGUGUUCGUGACGGACUAUCCCGCGUCGCUCAAGCCAUUCUACAUGCGCCUCAACGACGACGGGAAGACCGUCGCGUGCUUCGACCUUCUCGUCCCGCACCUCGGCGAGCUCGUCGGCGGCUCGCUGCGCGAAGAACGGGGUGACCUGCUGGAUAAGGCGUUGGAAAAUCACCAGCUAGACAAGACGCAGUACGGGUGGUAUUCUGAGCUGAGGAAGUAUGGAGGGGCUCCGCAUGGUGGGUUUGGGCUUGGCUUCGAGCGUCUCAUUAGCUGGAUAUCGGGCAUCGAGAAUGUACGGGAGUGCAUUGCGAUGCCGAGGUGGGCGGGGAGGAUGCUGUUGUAG